AUGUCGAAGAAGGUCAGGAGGCUUCACUCGCUUGUGAGAGUCACCACGUCUGAACAGAUGAGUGAAUCGCAGUAUGUGGCAGAGAACGUGGCAGAGUAUGUGAAGUCCAUGACUGAAGUCAUGAAGACGAAAGCCCAUCAGCUGGGCAUUUUUCAUCACUCAGCCGCAAGGAGCAAGGAGAGACAGCUUUGGCUGCGAAGCCAGGCAACCGACACCCGUUUGGAGGAUGUGUUGGCGGAAGUGCGAGGGAAAUCCAUCAUGCUUGCCAUGGAUAGUAUGGACAAGACUUGGUGGCAACUUCGGGCCAAGUUUGACUCAUACUUCGAUUCCACGGAAGACCACUUGGCAGCCUUCAAAACAGCUCUGGAGGCAUUAGACAGCUACACGGACAGGUGCUCCAUGUCCUUCACGGGCUUGAAGUCUGCCUACACAGUCGUUGCCAGGGCAAAUUUGAAGACUCGUGCCACUUUGAAGGAGGUGUGGACUGCCACGAACCCUUUGGUUGGCCUAUUGGUGUCUCAAGUUCCUCGCACUAACCACUAUGGGUGGACUAGUACACGUCAGACACGGGUUGCUGAUAGAGAGUCGUUCGAGUUUGGUAAUCCAGAAUGUGAAGCCCUGUGUAUAGAAUGCGUCGAGACAAGUGUCCAGCAGUUUCUCAGGUCUGUAGGCUUUGCAGCAAGACACCGAACUGUCUUGCAUGAGCACCCACUUUUAUUCAUUCUUUACCAAGGGAGUCGGCCCCACCAGGCUCUAUUUGUUGGUCCAAUAUCAGUAUUCGCUGGGCCCCCCCCAUUUAAACGAGAUCAUUUUUGUGAUGACACUAGAGUAGUCCGAACGAGAUACUGUACUGUGAACAUGACCUCCUAUUUAGGUAGUCUAAACAAUAUAGGGUGUCCCCACAUAAUAGGUAGUGUCUUUGAGUUUACGUCGUACUGA